AUGAAGUCCGUUCUCUCGGUUUCCCGCAAGCUUUCGAGCCGAAUUUCAUUCAACCAUUCCUUCGUUGGUUCAAGCACUUUGGUUGCAACACGAUGCUAUUCGGAUCAGCAAUAUGAAAAGCUUCCAACUCCACCAGGUAUUCCGAUCUCUGACGCACAAAAAAUCAGAAAUCGUUUCAUUGAACACAGAGCAAAACAUUUGGAAAAUUAUUUGGGUGUGGUUAAUUUGGUUCCUGGUGUUGCUCACGUUCAUGGACGUCAUCUUCAUAAUUGUACUAUUGGUCCAAAUGUUCCAAAACAACUUUCAUUAGCAGGAAAGGAUUUAUAUGCCAGAGUAACUCCUAUCGUUGAUUUUAUUAGAACAGCCGGAUGGGAUUCACUGAGUUCUCAUGAUAUUGAUUUUAUUGAAGAAUGGGAAGCAUGCGUUAAGCAAUACAAGAGUGAUGCCACACAAUACACCGAUACAGAUAAGGCUAUUCUUGGCCCAAUCAUGGAGAGAGCUACCUUGUUGUGGAACGUUGCUCUACAUGCUGAAAACCUUUGUUCUAUUCUUUCAAACUUGAACAACAAGUACAGAAAUACCUACACUUAUCCUGAUGCUGAUAAGGAUUUGCUUCUCGAUAUUACUGCUGAAUAUGUGGAAUUGCGAGACAAGUAUUGGGAAGACCGUGAAGUCCGAGACAAGUUAGCCAAUUCCAUCUUCCAACGUUUGACAUUGGUCAAACAAAAGAUUGUUUUGCCAGAACUUACUCUCAAAUUCCCAAAGCUCUUUGUCUAA